AACCCAAUAUACAUUCCAGAGGCUAAAACUUGUCCCCCUCUCUCUUCUCUUCCCUCUCCGUGGACAGAAUAUGGCGUGGGUUUGGACGGGGAGAAGAACAAGCGUCGUCAACACUGUACGUACUGCACUAACCAUGGCCGUCACUCCCGCAAGACCAACCACAAAUGCCAGUUUGAGAAUUGUGACUGUUUAUUGUGUAAGCUCACAAGACUCAGCCGACUCAUCAUGCGGCACCAGCAGCGUCUGUGGCGACACCUGAAGGAUGCCAGACGAAGGGAGGACGCUGCUGAAGGAGGAGGAGGAGGAGGAGGCGGAGGAGGAAUGGUAGGAGGUGCAGUUGAAGGUGUAGGAGGAGGUAUGAACGCCGAAGUUAUGGUUACUGGAGCUGCUAAUGCUACUGGCGAUGCUUCUAGUGGGGCAAACAUGGCUGCUUCCAGUAAACAACAGAAGUGCGACAUGUGCAGGAACCACGGCGUGAUGAAGGAGAAGAGAGCGCACAAGAACGCCUGUCCUUACACUAAUUGCAACUGUGACCUGUGCGGCCUAACCAAGAAGCGCAGAGACAUCAUGAGACUCCAGCAGCGAGUUCGGAG